AGAAGCGCGUCUCCGUCAUCGCCUCCUCCUCUGCGCGGUGCCGGUGACGUCACGAGCGCCAUAUUGAACGACAGUUUUUGCUCCUCGUUCCCGAAGCUGCUUCCGCCGCCGCUGUUGAGGCAAUAACCGGUUACGGCACGCUGCUGAUUUCCUCUACUUGUCAAAGUAGAAGAGCAGGGGGCCCCAUCCCGGGGUAAAGUGGGGUCUCCUGGUUCUGGAGGUGAAAGUGCGAUUCAGAGGCUCGGAAGGCAGCCGGUGUGCGACAACCCUCUUCCGGUCAUGGACGUCGACCGGCUCCAGGAGGCUCUGAAAGAUUUUGAGAAAAAAGGGAAAAAGGAAGUAUCUACAGAGCUGGAUCAAUUUCUUUGCCAUGUGGCGAAAACCGGGGAGACUAUAGUCCAGUGGCCUCAGUUUAAAGACUACUUUAUGUUCAAACUUGAGAAAGUAAUGGACGACUUCCGAUCAGCUGCACCAGAACCCAGAGGGCCACCCAAUCCCAAUGUGGAGUACAUCCCUUUUGAUGAAAUGAAAGAGAGAAUACUUAAGAUUGUUACUGGUUUUAAUGGGACCCCGUUUACUAUUCAGAGGCUUUGUGAGCUAGUUACUGACCCCCGGAGAAAUUACACCGGCACAGACAAGUUUCUGAGAGGAGUGGAGAAGAGCUGACCUGGUGUAUUGAAUGCAAAUAUUUUAUCUUGCCUAAACCUCUGUUCUUGCAGGAAAAAUAAUUCAAGUAGCAUAAACCGAAUGAAUGGAGUGAUGUUUCCCGGCAACUCCCAGAGUUACACUGACAGAUCGAACGUUAAUGGUCCAGGUACGCCAAGACCACUGAGCAGGCCGAAGCUAUCUCUUUCUAGUCCCAUGACAACUAAUGGUUUGCCUGACGGUGGUGAAAACAAAGACUCGGACGUAGAACAAAAAGACGAGGCUCACAGUGAUUCCCUGUCUCCUGAUGAAAGUUCUCCUUCAAGUACUGUAAAGAACAAGCAUAUGGAGGAAGAUCCGACAGAAGAGCAUGAGGUGAAGAGACUGAAGUUUGACCCAGAAGAUGAGGAAGAUGAGCCUCUUGCCCUGCAGGACCCUUCUUCCAACCAGUCAUCCAGUGAAAUGCCUGAUGAAGCAGAAGCGGUGUCUACAAGUGAAGAAGAGACAGAAAAAGACAGUUGUGAUACAGAUCUUGCUGCAGAAGAUUCUUUAGUGACAUCAAGCGAAUCUGCCGCUGAAGAGGCCGACGAGGAAACCACUGACAACUUGUGUGUAACUGAAGAGACCCCCGAGGAAUCCAAUCAAAUGGAGCAGUCGGAGGCUUCUGAACCUCAGAGUGGCUUGAGCACAGACGAGGCCGAGAGCGCAACCUCGACAAGUAAAGCUGACACAGAGUGCACUGAACCCGAGCACCCAGAAACUCUUGAAAAGACCCCUGAAAUCCCUUCUGAGUCCCCAAUGGAUAACAGUGAGGCGGGCACAGAUGUAGCAGACGAGCCUAUGGAACAAGACUAACUACACUGACACCUAGAGACACAGUAUUUUCCAGACAGUUCUGUUUUUACACUGUAUACAAAUUUUACUUAAUAAAAGCGGACCUUUUUAGUUUUACAAAAGGCAGGUUGUAAAACAAAAAAACAAAAAAAAACUCAAACUUUUCUGGAAUAGAAACUGAGCUUUAUUCACCCCAUUUCAGAACUGUGAAUUUCUUAAGCCUUCAGGUUCUUAUCACCGCUGACUUGGUUUGGUCAGAUCAGUGGAUUGUGUAUAGGUUUUUUUUUUUUUUUUUUCCUUUAGAAAGGUUUUUAAACUGGAAGGUUAUAAUUUCACCAACUCUGAGGUUUUCCACACAUUGUUUGGUUAAGGAUGAGGGGGGGAAAAGAGAAAACAUCUUUAUGGCGUCUCGUCCCUCCUUGUCACUGAUGUUCAUUUUUGCUAAACUUUAAUCUGACUGUAAAAAAAAAAAAAAAAUUAGUUUUUUUUUAUUAUUGAAGAUUUCAUAGAAAAUGUUGUUUCUUCUC